UGUUCUGCCGAGAAGAGCAGUCGACAUCUUUGAAGAAAGGUUUUGGGUAUCAUGUUGUGACAUUUUGGUGGCUUAUAAAGUCAAUGCCGCUGCGUUGAGCGACUUCACUACACAAAGGAACUCCAAAGUUUAUUUGAAUUUUUAGUUAUUCUUCUUUUUUGCUGUUGUUUUGCUCUUAAAGAUGGGCAGUCAGUAUCAGCGCUCUGUCCCACUGGAGGUGAGGAGAGCGGAGGGAGAAAGAGUUCGGGCCAAGCAUCCUGACAAGAUACCGAUCAUUGUGGAGAGGGCCUCGAGGUCACGCGCUCCGGAGCUCGACAAGAAGAAGUACCUCGUACCCUCAGAUUUAACAGUGGGCCAGUUGUGCUUUCUGAUUCGUCAGCGUAUGUCUUUGAGACCAGAGGAGGCGCUCUUCUUCUUCGUUAACAACUCUCUCCCUCCAUCCAGCUGUCCUCUCUCAACUGUAUACGAGGAGCACCAUGAAGAGGACCUUUUUCUCUACAUGACUUACAGCAAUGAGAGCGUGUAUGGUGCUUAAAGCAAAACAAAAGACU